AACCAAACAUUGCAACCGAUGAUUAUGGAGAUACUAUCGAACUUUUGACGGGUUACGGCGGAACGUUUGCAAUGCUUGUUGUUAACAUCUACUAUUUAUUACCUGUGUCAUCUGAAACGAUGGAAUGUUUUUGCCACUGUUUUGCCAUCAAACCAGUUUCGUUUAUCAAAUUAGGCAAUAGCGUGUAAAAAAGUGUUUUGAAGUGAAUAUUCAGCGUACCGGACUAAUAUGGAUUAAUUAUCCAGGAAAGAGUGACAUCUUAUCGAGAGUGAGUUGAAAAAGUGACGACUGCGUGCAGUGCAUUGGAAAGUUGUUGAUGUUAAUGAUAUAAAGCGCAACACCCGACGAGGGACUUCGAAGUAAGCGAGCAGGAAUUUACAUUUUCUAUGUCCAUUGACAGAGAGAUAGAGUGUGUACCAAACGCGUAGAGCUGGCUCACUCAAAGGCGGUGAGGAAACCUUAGCUUUGAUGCAUAUUUUUGAAAACACACGCCACAACGAUGUUGGGCUACCUCGCUUCAUCAUUGUUAGUUAUAAGCACCAUCUACUCGAUUGAUCCCUGUAGCGCCGGUCCGCUCGAUGCACUGAGCUGGGCCCGGAUGGACAACAUCAAUCUGCCAUGGUUGCCAUAUGAAAACAUGACCCGCUGCUACGGGGAACUUGGCUGUCUCAACAUCACCAAAGAAUGGUACCAUCUGAUCUUCCGUCCUUUUAAUGUAUUUCCACUACCUAGGAGUGUAAUCAAUACUCGCUUCAUUCUAUACACUGAGAAAAACCCUACAGACGGCCAAUUGCUUCAAGCUGAAGUGAAGGAUACUAUAAUGAAAAGUAAUAUUCGCUCUGAUUGGGCAACCAAAUUCAUCAUCCAUGGAUUCAUCGAUACGCCGUUGUCUAACUGGGUGUCUGAGAUGCGAGACGAACUCAUAACCAGGGGUGGACUGAAUGUUAUUGUUGUAGAUUGGGCGGGAGGCUCACUCCCACUGUACACGCAGGCCACGGCCAACACGAGACUGGUAGGGUUAGAGAUAGCUUAUCUAAUCAAAAAAUUGAUGGAAUACAAAGGAAUAGAGCCUGAGGAUGUUCAUCUAAUAGGACACUCUCUGGGAGCGCAUACUGCCGGCUACGCGGCGGAGAGAAUUCCAGGACUAGGGCGCAUAACUGGACUCGAUCCUGCUGAGCCUUAUUUCCAGGGAAUGGAUCCAAUUGUGCGACUAGAUCCAACGGAUGCCGGUCUGGUGGAUGUCAUUCAUACAGAUGGCCGAAGCGUAUUUCGUUUAGAGAUACCCGGUUACGGUAUGUCUCACACUUGUGGCCAUCUUGACUUCUAUCCAAACAAUGGCAAGGAGCAACCGGGAUGUGCUCUGUCUCAGGAAGGAGCCGCAACAAUUCCGCUUACACUGAUCAAGGACGGCAUCGAAGAAGCAUCCCGUGUUUUGCUAGCUUGUAAUCAUAUUAGAGCAAUUAAAUUAUUUAUCGAUAGUAUUAACGGCAAGUGUCCGUAUGUAGCCCAUCGUUGUCCAUCCUACCAGCAUUUCCUUAGUGGAAACUGUUUCAAGUGUACCGCCGGAAAUUGUGCUCUAAUGGGAUACCAUGCAUCUCUCCCAAUAACAACAACUAGACAGAAUAUCUCGGAGAAUGAUAUUGCGGUCGGUUCGUCGAUCCCAGUCGCUCCCCAACCUGGAAAGUACUUCCUAGCAACGGGACGUGAUUUUCCCUUCUGUCAGCGCCAUUAUCGAUUUACCAUCGAGCUGGCAAAGCCAAAAUCAGCGGAACCAUGGGUUCAGGGUCAUCUGACAGCCGGAAUCUUUUCCGAACGAGGUGCGAUCCGCAGUAUUGACCUUACACCUAAAGGAACGGCGCGUUUUGAGCAUGGCACAGUGUACCAGGUGGUUGUGACAAAUCCACACGAUCUUGGAGAUCGGAUUCGAAAGGUGGAACUGUCCUGGACACAUGAUAUGAAUGUACUGGAGCCAACAACCCUCUGUCUUCUUUGGUGCAAUAAUCAUCUUUAUGUCAAAUCGAUCCAAGUAGAAACAAUGCAGAUGCCAUCUAGAGAGAAACGUAACACAGAGUACACCAACAAACUAUGCGCACAGAAGCGCGAAUUUGCCGACAUUUCCAGCCGAGGAACCUAUUCAUUCUACGACAAUUGCAAAAGAUACAAUUCUUAAUAGUAACGUCUACAGUUCGUGUUGCGAAGGCUUAAAUGUUGAAAACGAAUAUAUUCCCAUUGUGGCGACGAGUAGCAAGAGAGAUUAUAAAUAUUGUUCUUACUAUACAACGACGUCUAACCAAUGUUAAGUUUCACUGUCAUUGUUCCGACAGUUAUGUGUUGAUAUAAAGCUGUAUGAAAUAGAAGUAUUAUAUGUGAUUAUAAUAGUUUAAUGGAACAUGUACGCAUCCAGGCUAUUAUUUUAGGAGUUGAAUGCGAGGAUAAAAAAUUGAGUCGUUCAAAAAAUUGAAUGAAAUGAAAUGAUGGAAGAUGUUAGUAAAAUUUUAUACUGUUACCUUGUUCCCUACGAUUAUAUCCAAUGGUACAAAUUUACCUAAUGUGUAACAACUUAGAAAUGAAACUUUUCGCGUGCUUUUAGUAUACUAUAACGAUGAUUGUUUAUGCAUUAGAUUAUUUCUAUGAAAUUAAUUGACUUUCUAAUUUGACUUGAAAAGUUUGCCUAUUGUUAUGGUUAAAUUUUCAAACAUCUGUCAUUCAAAAACCAUUCUGUCGUUAGAUAAAUAUCGAAUAAUUCUAAAUCAUUCCACAAUCCCAUACACUAUUGGAAGUGACUUAGUCCACUAAGAAAUGUGAUAAUUCUUUGAAUAAAAAUGUUUGCUUUAUUCUUACUUAUUCUACUCAUUUUUUAUUGUCCAAUAUAAAAAUAAAAUGUUCAA